UCAGUUAUUCUGACACAUUUAUUAUGUGACGGACUAGUUUAAAACACAUGGCGGUUGUCGGUUUAUAAUGAUGACGAUUUCAGAAUUAUUCAAAAUCUUCUUUGUGGACGUGGUUAUCCUUUAUGAAGCUUGAUCGGUGAUUUACACUAUAAGGAUUUGGAAAGCAGGACCAUUAACGCGACACCCACAGCUUCGUUUAAUAUGGAUGUAGGUGCAUACCUUCAGGUGCGAAUGCAACAGCAGGCACUACAGCGCGGACUCCAGGCCAGUCAUCCCCAUCGCCUUGUACCUUUUUCCCCAUGCACACCGAACAUCAUAUCGGAUGGAUUGAUGAAGCCUAACAAUGUGUUCACAAGCCAAAUCAGCGCGUCCUCUCCGAUUACGACAUUGAGAAAUGUUCGGAAUGUGUACCAGAAUGGAAUGAAGCGUUCUUUUCCACCCGAAGAAGGAUUGCAAGCUAGCGCCUAUGCCAGCGGAGAGGGCUCUCCUCCAAAACGCCCUGGAAAUGCUGUAAAUGGGAAUGAGAGAUCGAGUGAUCUGCGUUCCUGUCAAUACAAACCUUUGCCAAUGGCCGUCCAGGAUAUUGUACAGGAGGAAGGACAGCGUCCUGUCAACGGGCACACUCAUCAGAAUGGUGUACACACCAACGGGAAUGCCAGUAAUGGAAACGGGACCACCUUGCCCGAUGUGUAUGUGGCAUUGUAUGGAUGCAGUGGGUACGGGGAGCUGGCAAUAAAAGUCAAUUCUGGAAUGGCGACUGGUUCGUCCGUGAGCUCUCUGGGUGGUAAUGCAGCUGUUAAUGGUGGUGGAUCAUGUGGUGUAGCGGAUAAUCAGGCUUAUCAGUUAUGGGAUGAGGACGCUUCCUUAAUGCUAAUUGCUUGGGCGGUGGUGGAUGCUAAGACAGAAAAGAUCGUGAGUGUGGAAGAACGUGUCUUAAGACCCGCGGACGAACAUGCGGACGCGCAGAGCAUACUUUCACAGUUCUCUUCGGACUCUGGUCUGAAUUUGCAUUCGGUACUGAAAAGCCCGUAUACAUUGGAUGGCGUAUUGCAAGAGAUUCAAGGGACGGUUGCGCAUUAUUCGGACCGUAGCAAAGAUGUAAUCCUGGUGACCUUGGGUCCAGAAUUACUCCGUCAACAGCUACUCCCAGAAUGCUCGCGUCGCGGAUCACUGCCUGACUAUUUUUAUUCCUAUGUGGACUUGCUGGGUACCGCCGACAUUAGUUCAUCGUCCCCUUCAUUAUCCAAGCGUCUGGCGGAUUUACUCGAUAAUAACCGGUUGGGGUCAGAUAGUGCUGCUGAGUACGGCAAACGGCAUGUGGCGGAUAUGGCCACGCUGAUCCAGUUCAUGCUCCACAGCGGACACCAUCUCUAUUCCGAUGUGCAGCACGUUGCACAGCGCUAUGAACCGGGGUUAAGUAACGUGGAAGAAGUUUCCGAUGACGUUGUUGUCCGGGCAAGAGGACUGCCAUGGCAGGCCUCCGAUAUGGAUGUCGCCAGGUUCUUCUUCGGUCUCGACAUCCCAAGAGGCGGCAUUGCAUUGUGCCUAAGUUCCCAUGGUCGUCGAAAUGGCGAAGCGAUAGUGGUGUUUACUAAUGCUCAACAACGUGAUCUCGCCCUACAGCGUCAUAAGCAGCAUAUGGCCAACCGUUACAUUGAAGUAUAUCGAGCCUUGGCCGAGGAUUUUCAGCAGGUGGCCGGAGUGUGUAACACGGAAGCCGAGCGUUUCCUCAAGCGCAAAGGCGAACUGAUUGUCCGUAUGCGUGGUCUGCCGUACGAAGCCACCCCGAAGGAAGUGGUAGACUUUUUUGCCGAUGGCGAUGAGCCCGUGAAUGUGGUGGAUGCGGAAGAGGGUGUACUGUUCGUUAAACGGGCCGAUGGACGAGCCGCUGGUGAUGCUUUUGUGUUGUUCCGGACGGAGGAGGAUGGACAGAAAGCGCUGGCGAAACACCGUGAGCGUAUCGGUAGUCGGUAUAUUGAGCUGUUCCGGAGUACGACGGCGGAAGUGCAACAGGUGUUGAAUAAAAGUCAGGAUAUGCGCAGCGAAAACCAAGCCCCUUUGAUAUCGACACCACCCAUGUCUGGACUGAUGUCUCCAGUGGCACAUGGCCUCGUGCUGCCUUCUUCGGCCCUACUGGGACGGAGUGGGGUGCGGAAUUGUAUUCGAUUACGGGGAUUGCCAUUUGAGGCAACUGUAGAGGAUAUUUUGGAUUUCUUGGGAGAUAAAGCGGGACAUAUUGUUAUGCAAGGCGUUCAUAUGGUGUACAACGCACAGGGCCAACCGUCUGGGGAAGCUUUCAUUCAAAUGGACAGUGAGACAGCAGCCAAUUUAACGUGCCAGGAACGCCACAAUCGUUUCAUGAAUAUGCAAAAGUAUAACAAAAAGAAUCGCUAUAUCGAAGUCUAUCAGUGCAGCGCGGAUGAAAUGAAUGGUAGUGGUAGUUUGGGAUUACCAUCUUUCCGGCCUGUUAUCCCUCACGGAUUAGCGGGCUUGACCGGAUUCCAGCCAAAUUUUCCCUUUAAUCCAAACCUUCAGUUGAUGAUGUCGCAACUUAGUCCUGGCUUCCGCCCGCAGUUAUCCAAUUUGUAUCCACUUCCUUAUUGGACAUACCCUAGCCCUCCCCUGUCGCCCACAAACGGGUUUUCUAAUGGAUCGGUUUUGUCAGGAUUACCAGGGAAUUCUGUGGCCGGUUUGUCCAAUGGUGUGUCGUUUGUACAUUUGCGGAAUCUUCCUUACAGUGCUUCAGUGGGCGAUGUUAGUGCAUUCCUUAAGGGCCAGAUUUCCCCGGAAUCGAUUCAACUUAACAGACAAGCGGAUGGCCGGCAAAAUGGUGAAGCGUUUGUUAUGUUUGGUUCACGGGAGGAAGCUGAACGUAUUAUCCGAGAAUGCAAUCGUCAGAAUCUGGGCAAUCGGCGUGUGGAUAUGACCCUCCUUGCUUGAUAAACAUAUUUGAUGUCGGAAGUGCAAUGCAAAUUCAUGAAACCCUCCACGCUUUCAGAAUUGAUUUUAAUUUUUUGUUACUGUGUUAUAGUUUUAUUAGAAGUAUAGUACCGCUAUUUGUAGCAUGGUUGCAAAUUAGCAAUGGAUUGGGACCAAGGGGAACCGACUUGCUUGCUGCAGUCGGUGGUGGUGGCUUUUAGCGUAGACACGGGAAUGUAGUAAGCAUUUUUCUCUUGUUUAUAUUUUCAUAUGAUCAUGGUAAUCUCUCGCUGCUUUUAUCCUUUUACGGCUGCCAGAAUGUGCCUUAUUCGUGUUCACACUUUUUACAAAAGGUGAACUAGUAGACGCUUUUUCGCGUGACUUUUUGUUUUUAUUAACAAGAUUUUUAGAAGCGUAUAUUAGUAUUUUUAUUUUCCAUCACACUUUGUGUUAAGUAUAUGAACGAAUGUCAUCGGAGAUUAACAUUUUAAAUAAAACUGGAACAAUCAGCAA